UCCAUUAUUCAUGUUCACCUACCAGUCUACCAUCGACCUUUUUUCUCUGUUUUCAAAUCUCUUUCUUUGGACCACUACCCCAUUAAAAUAAGUGAAGCAUGUCCCUUUCUCAUUCCACUAAGAGACAACAAAAACAGAGCACUGUAUUUGUUUUUUUUUUUUUUGAUAAUCACAAUCCACAGAGCACUGUAUUUUAUUACCCCAAUAUCCCAUAACUUUCUUUUACAGUUUUAAAUAUUUUUUAUGCAAUUUUUGUAAUGUUUUGUAGUGUUAUGGCUCCACCAAAAAAGAAAAUUAAGAAUGCGGUAGAUCCCACAUGGAACCACUGUGUACGUGCUACUGAGCUAGCAGAUCCUGAAGCUGUUGAUAACACUAGACUAAAACUAGUGUGCAAUUAUUGUGGUAAGACAUUGUCUGGUGGUGUGAGUAGAAUGAAGCAUCACUUAGCUCGUACCCAUCAUAAUGCAAAACCUUGUGAAAAAGUUCCAAAAGAUGUUACAAAUAUGUUUCUAAAAAUAUAAGGAGAGUUGAAACAAAGAAAUUGCAUUGAGCAAGAUGAUGUGGAUUGCUUUGACGAGGUGGAAAAUGUGAUAUCUAAAAGAGGAAGUAUGGAUCAAUAUGUGAGCAAAACAAAGGCGAAACAAGUCACUUUGCCUUCUAUGUUGAAAGAUCGAACAAAACCAUGUGUUGACAUAUGUAGAAUGAUAUAUGCAGAGGCUUUGCCCUUUAGCUUGGUUAAGAGUUCAUGGUUUCACACCGCCGUACAAUCAAUCGGGGAAUACGGCAAGGGCUUGAAACCUCCUUCAUAUCAUGAGGUUAGAGUCACAUUCUUGAAGAAAGAGGUUGAUAAUGUUCAUUCAACUUUAGACAAGUACAAAAGUGAGUGGAAGAAAACAGGUUGUUCUUUAAUGUCGAAUGGAUGGCAAGAUGGGUGUGGACGUUCUAUCACUAAUUUCCUUGUUAAUAGUCCAAAGGGAACCGUUUUCCUAAAAUCAUUAGAUACCUCCUCAAUUAUCAAGAAUGGUGUUGCUUUGUUUGAGUUGCUUGAUAAUUUUGUUGACGAAAUUGGUGAAGAAAAUGUAAUACAAGAAGUCACCGAUAGUGCAUCCGCUUUUGUCCUUGCUAGUGAGUUGCUAAUGGACAAGAGGAAAAAACUUAUUUGGUCUCCAUGUGCUGCUCGUUGCAUUGAUUUGAUGCUUAAAGAUAUUGGUAGGCUACCGGUGCAUCAUGACACAAUCACCAAAGCAAAGACACUCACUGUUUAUAUCUACCAACAUACUUGGGUGCUUAAUCUGAUGAGGAAGCAUACAAAGAAUCAUAACUUAGCAAGGCCCGCCGUGACAAGGUUUGCCACUGCUUACCUCACUUUGAAAAGUAUCUUAACUCAAAGAAAUGGGCUUAGAGCCAUGUUUACUUCUUCGGCUUGGUGUAAGAGUUCUUAUGCCAAGACUCGUAAUGGGUUAGAUGUCCAACAAAUAGUGUUGGAAGCAAAGUUUUGGAAUGCAAUUAGGUAUUGCUUGAAGGGUGUACUUCCCUUGGUUAAAGUCCUAAGACUAGUUGAUGGUGAUGCAAAGCCCGCCAUGGGUUAUAUUUAUGAAGCAAUGGAUAGGGCAAAGGAACAAAUUGAAAAAAUUUCAACAAAGUGAAAAGAAGAUAUGCUGCGAUUUGGAAGAUUGUUGAUGAGCGUUGGGCAUUGCAACUUCAUCGACCUCUUCAUGCGGCGGCUUAUUUUCUUAAUCCUAGGUAACAUUUAAUCUGUCAAUAAUGAAAUCAUUUCUUCUUGUGACUUUCUAUCGUGAAUGUUAGUUUCAAUGUUCAUUUUAGGUUUCAUUAUGAUGCUUCAUUUGAGGCGGAUGAGGAAGUUAGAUUGGGAUUGUACACGGUCAUAGAAAGGAUGUAUCCGGGUAUCAAAGCAAGAUUAAAACUUGAUGCCCAAAUGGACAAAUUCCAUAACGCAGUUGGUAUGUUUGGCAUUGAUAUGGCCGUUAUAACUAGAGAGAAGAAACAACCCCGACUAUGGUGGGAGAGCUAUGGAGGUAGUUGCAAAGAACUCCAAGAGUUAGCCACAAGAGUUCUAUCCCUCACAUGUAGUGCUACAGGGUGUGAAAGAAAUUGGAGUACCUUUCAACACAUCCAUUCAAAGAAGAGGAACCGGUUAGAAGCACAAAGAUUGAAUGCAUUAGUCUUUGUCAAGUACAAUCUCACUUUGGAGUUUAGGCAAACGAAACGAGAGGAGAAUGGUGAUGCUUACGAUCCUAUUUUUCUCUCCGACAUGGAAUCCGAUGACAAAUGAAUUACCGAAAGAGAAGAUCCAUGCUUACCGCUAGACCCUUCAUGGAUGGAUAUGAAUGAGUGCUUUGAAGUUAAUGAAGGAGAAACUAGUAAAAAAGGACGUAGAGGACCAAGAAACCUUCAAAAUGACAGAAAAGGCAAAAGGAAGUUCGUUAGAGAAGAGGAUGAGGUUGAAAUUAUUGAUGCUGAUGUAGAGGAAGAAAUAGAGGAAGAAGAAGAAGAAUAUAUCGGUGAUGAUGGGGUGGUGCUUGGGAUGACCUUGAAGAUGAUGAUGAUCUUUACGACAUUGCCGUGAGAGAGGAAUAGGAGAUUUGAGCAAAAAGACAAACUUGAUAUGUUUGGUUUACUUGUUACUUUUGACUUUUGAGCUUUUAAGUUAGCAUAUUAGUAGUAAAUGGUUAUAAA